GAGCUCUAGAACUUUUCAAGGGACUUAAAAUAGUUACUACGUCAUUUGGCUUGCUUACCUCCUUACAGUUUUUCUCUUUCCCCGCAACAGCACAUAGAAAUUAUGAAAAUCGUCGCAAUCGCGUUCCUGUUGGGAGUGUGUGCGGUGGUGGUGGAGGGAUGUUGUCUGCCCAAACAGUUUGAGUGCGUCGUUGGUGUCCAGAACGCCACUUUCAGGGCCGGGAAGCUAGAUGUGUCAUCAACAGGAUUCAUGCAUUCCGUGGAUUUCAUCAACAAGAAAGUUGCUUACGUUGGACAAGAUUUCAAGAUGGUGCAAGAUUACAACAAGAUGAUGCAGUAUGUGGUCAGCCAAGGGUACUGCAUCCCCAGUAAACUGACCAUGCCGAUAGACAACUGCAUGCCUGUGAAUGCGACAGUUGCGACAAGACUUGACAUGGGAGGACCGAAGGGUGUCACGCUUGAUGUGUACGAUGUUGAGACUAUAUCACCAGGGCCGGGGCUGGGCCAGUACAAGGGGUCGUACACAUUCAACCGAGAUGGUUGCAUCCCUUUUUCACAAAUUCUCAUGACAGAGGGAAGUGUUGCCACCCUGGGGUACGUCAACAUGACCUUUGGCAUCAAGGACCCUUCUGUGUUUGACGUUCCCAGUCCGCCCUGUCCAAAGGACACUGACGGCUUUGAGAACUCACUGGAGGAGCAGACUGCCUCAUCCUGGCCACUUUUUCCAUCCCUUCCGUGAUGUUACUGAGAACGCAUUCAAGAAUCCAACCAUCUAACCACCACCACCAAUCGAAUGGCCUUUUGCUUUACUUUACCAUAAAAUGAUUUUUUUCCGUGUAGUGAAACUGAAUUGAAUAAAAUUCUCUCGUUUAAUGUUA